UAUACAUAAUUAAAAGUAGAAUAUGAAAUAUUUAUAAAAUGAUAAUUUAGCAAUAUGGAUAACUCUAAGGAUUUGCUUACUAAAGUAGCUCUUGUAGAGCGUAAUAUUAAACCACAAGGUAUUCUGCUAAAUGAUCCAGAAUCAGUAGCUAAAACAUGUCAACAAGAUUUAAUUACAUUAGCAACAGAAAUUGAAAAAGCAGACAACUUUGUCAAAGCAAAUGCCUGCAGCAAAUUGCAAAUAAUUGUUGAGCAAAUAAAAGCUUUAAAGAAACAGGCUGAAAAUAUUCUCACAGAAGCAGAUUGGAAUAUGAAAUUACAUCAUGUUUCUUGUAAUUUUGUAAAACAUCCUGGACAUGUUUAUCAUUUGUAUCAAAGAGAAACUGGACAAUUAUAUUUUUCAAUGAUUAGUCCAGAAGAAUGGGGUAAUUCUGGACCAAUUCAAAUUUAUAAAGGUUCCUACAGAUUAGAACAUGAUCGUUCAUGGACAUCUUUAGAGGAAGUUGAUAAAAAAAAUAAAGAAAUAACUAUGUUGGCCAAUCUUUGGUCUAAUAUUUCAACACCUGCUUUUAAGAGUCUUGAUUUAAAUGUAAAUAUGUAAAAAUAAUAUGUAAUGUAUUCAAUUUAAAUAAAUUUGUUCAUUUCAAAUAUGUAUAUUCAACUAAAAUUUAAA